AUGAUACGUGAUCGCAAUACCGGCCGCGCAGAUUUCAUCUUCUACAGCAACCGCAUAAUCCGUUUGCUUGUCGAAGAAGGUCUCAAUCACCUGCCAACAGAGUCCCAGGAGAUCACCACCCCAGUAGGUCGCACCUACUCCGGUGUCAAGUUCGAGGGCAAGAUCUGUGGUGUCUCGAUUAUGCGUGCGGGAGAGUCCAUGGAGCAGGGUUUGAGGGACUGCUGUAGGAGCGUACGCAUUGGAAAGAUCUUGAUUCAGCGGGACGAGGAGACUAGUAAGCCGAAAUUGUACUACGACAAGUUGCCUGAGGACAUUGCCGACAGAUGGGUCCUGUUGCUGGAUCCUAUGCUGGCUACUGGUGGUUCGGCACUCAUGGCGAUCGAUGUGCUCAAGUCGCGGGGCGUGCCAGAGGAGCACAUUCUCUUCCUCAACCUCAUUGCCAGCCCAGAAGGCGCACAAAACCUUGCGGAUAAGUUCCCCAAGGUGAGGGUAGUCACUGCCUUUGUUGAUGCGGGUCUGGACGAGAAGAACUACAUCGUCCCUGGACUGGGUGACUUUGGCGACCGUUUCUACACCAUGUAA